GUUCUUGUUUCCUGGGCCCCUGUCCGCCAUGUUUUCAGGCCGGCUGAGCGUCGGUGUUUCCCCGUGAGGAAAUGGCCGGGGAGUUUCGGGGAGCCCAGGCGCCGGGGCCUCGGCGGAGCCCAGGCUGACCCGGAGCGGUUGUGCGCGGGGCGGGAGGCCAUGGCGUCCGGCAGUAACUGGUUGUCCGGCGUGAACGUCGUGCUGGUGAUGGCCUACGGGAGCCUGGUGUUCGUACUGCUGUUUAUUUUUGUGAAGAGGCAAAUCAUGCGCUUUGCAAUGAAAUCCCGAAGGGGACCUCAUGUCCCCGUGGGACACAACGCCCCCAAGGACUUGAGAGAAGAGAUUGACAUUCGGCUGUCCAGGGUUCAAGACAUCAAGUAUGAACCUCAGCUCCUUGCAGACGGCGAUGCGAGACUGCUCCAGCUGGAAGCCCAGGGAAAUCAGAGCUGCUACAACUACCUGUACAGGAUGAAAGCCCUGGACGCCGUCCGCGCCUCUGAGAUCCCGUUUCAUGCUGAAGGCAGGCAUCCCCGUUCCUUAAUGGGCAAGAAUUUCCGCUCCUACCUGCUAGAUCUCCGGAACACUAGUACUCCUUUUAAGGGUGUGCGCAAGGCCCUCAUCGACACCCUGCUGGAUGGCUAUGAGACAGCCCGCUAUGGGACGGGGGUCUUUGGGCAGAGUGAGUACCUGCGCUACCAGGAGGCCCUGAAUGAGCUGGCCGCCGUGGUCAAAGCGCGAAGCGGGAGCUCUCAGAGACAGCACCAGUCAGCCGCCAAAGACCUAACCCAGUCUCCUGAAGUCUCCCCGACAACCAUCCAGGUGACCUACCUCCCUUCCAGUCAGAAGAGUAAACGUGCCAAGCACUUUCUUGAACUGAAGAGCUUUAAGGACAACUAUAACACACUGGAAAGUACUCUGUGACGGGCUGAUGGACACUGCUCCUGCUACUGGUGGCCUCAGGUCAUCUGGCCGGUGGGCGCCGGUCAGCCGAACUCCCACUUCGUCCAGAGCUCGUAGGGUUCACGCCUAGAGGAUCAUUCUCCAACCUGUUCUUAUGGCCAGUUUCAGAGAAUUGGUUAGGACUUGAUUUUCCCUUGGUAGCACUUUUUUCUGGAGUUGAAUUCAGAUGUUUUAAUGUUUCCAUCAUGGCUUCCUUAAAAAUCCUCACU